AUGAAAACUAGGAACUCUGAUAGGCAAAAGCAAAGAGAAGACUUGUCUGUCACUUGUUAAGAGGUAUUCACCACAAAAUUCUUUUAUCUAUGUCUGCCUUUAUAUAAUUUAUUUAUACUCAUUAUAAUAGAAUGUAUCUAUGAGUGAGUACCCUUUUCCUAGUGCCCAAUAAACUCCAAUUAGGAGAAGAGGACCAAUACAUAAGAAGCCUAAAUAGGUAUUAAUGAUAAUAACUAAAAGACAAUGAUUAAUUUGAAAAAAAAUAAAUCUUAAAGGUAAUUUAUCUGCUAUGAGGAUAAAGAUUUAAAUAUUCCUUAAGAAUAUUAAUCAAUCCUAUAAAAACAUGUAAAAACUAAAAUUAUAUUAAGAAAUCUGAUGAUGAUAGAGAAUCUGAUGACGAAUAAAUUAAAUAUGCCAUCAACUAUUUGUAUAAAGACUUGUUGUUAUGUUUGGAGAAAGAAAAAAAAUGAAUUAUUUAAAUUUAUAAUGCU